AUGACAAGCACCAUGUUCCAUCACAUCGCCCUCUUUGCCUUCGGCAUCCUACUCUCCACAGCCCAAGGCUGCUACUUCCGCCUGGUCGCCAUCGGCCUCCCCGGAGGUCCCAAGAUCGUCCAGACGGCCAGCCACGUCGGCGCCAUCAUGGUCGGCGCCCACGAGACCGGCUUCAUCUUCCUCGACGAUGCCACGUUCAACCUCAGCGACGACGGCAAGCUCACCAACCGCGACCUCACCUGCCCCAUGGACUACGACGGCGGCCUCCAAUGCACAAGCGGCGCGGAAUUCGGCAUCAAGUUCGGGCUGACGAGCGACGGCACAUUUCUGCACGACGGGCGCGAGGGCUGGCUGGCGUGCCCAACCAAUUGGUCGUUUGGUGGCUACCACGUCAACAGCGACUUGAGGGCGGAUAGAACCGGGUGUUUGAGCAUCAUCCUGAAGAUGGACUGGCAGUAUUGCGACACGGCCAAGAAAGAACGCGCGAUCGCGGCAGCACCAUCGCCGUCGCCGCCAGAAUCAUGUCAAAAUGUUGCUGCGAAGGAGCCAGCGACAGCAACAUGCCCCACCGACAUCUCGCCCGGUCCCUUUGAGUUUCCGCAUCUCAUCGUAACAACUUCACCCGUAGCACCCAGCCAAUCCUUCGGCAGUUCCUCCCUAGCCACCAUCUCCGCCACCAAUACCACACUCUUCAACUUUGACAUCCCGUCUUCCUACACCGGGUCCUGCUCAUUGCUCUUCCUCUUCCCGUACAUGUCAGAAAUGAGCCCGUCGGCUGGGGCUUACAAGUACUCAGGCCAGGAGCAAGUCGUGUACCAGAACGGUGGACUGAAUUUUGCAUUGCUGGCUGGGAUUGCGAAUGCUGAAACGACGUUCACGUCGACUCCGCCGGUCAAGGCAGACUACGGCAAGGUCGCGAUCCUGCCAGGAAAUAGGUAUACGGUGGCGACCUUCCCGUGCCAGAGCGGGAUGCCGAUUACCAUUCAGGUGAGCAGUGUCAAUAAUACAAGCUUGAGAUAUUCCCAGAAUAGCGCGAGGUCACCUGUUGGGCUUUAUGUUGUGCCUUGUGCUUAA